AUGAAGGAGGCUCAUGCUGGUGAAAAACGAAGAUUGAGAGAGUUAAUUUCCGGGCUGAAGAUCCGGCUCCAGGAGGCCGAGGCCGAGUCAUCUUGUGCAGCAUUGAAUCGUCUGCGAGCAAAGCUUCGCGAGCUAACUGAAGGCGGACAGGAGGCAGACCAACGGGUUUCGAAAGUGGUUCAGCGUUCGAUAGAAACGUUGGUCGAGCUGACGGAUAACGUUGAUGACCUAAAGGCGGAGAUCGAGAGACUUCGUGCGGAGAUCAAGCGUCUAAAGGACCUGCUGGACGCCUGUGAAGAGCGGCGAAGAACGGCGACUGAUGUCGCUGUCGAAACAACCCUCCCGGAGGUGAAAGCACCAGAAAAACCGCUGGUGGAAAUGGACGUUUCAGAUCUACUCAACAGGAUCAAGGAGCUCGAAGCACUCAUAGCUCAGCUGAGGAAGCAGCUCGUGGACAAGGAUGCCGCCAUCAAUGACCUCCAAAAUAAACUGUUCAACGUCACAUCGGACAAUAAAAGACUCAGCACUGACCUAGAUCAAAUGAUGGUCAGCUACAGAGCCGUCAUAGACGAGGUAAAAGCUAUGAAGGAUGAGCUCAAAAAGAGGGACGUGAAGGUUUCGGAUCUGUUGCGUGAGCUCCAAGCGUCGGCGAUCGAUAUGCUGGGAUUGAACAGGCUGCAGAGUGAGAUUGAAUCGGUCAAGCCACAAUUGUACAACCUUGAACUGGAGAGAGAACAGCUGUUGUCAGAGCUCGGUAAGGUUCGGGGAGUAGUUUCGGAGAGGAACGAUCAGAUAAUUAAGAUCCUGGAGGAAAGAGACAAGCAUGCUCGAGCUCUGGGCAAAGUCGCGAGCACGAUACAGGAAACGGCCGAACGGGAGGAGGCGCUGAAACGCGAGAUUGAUCGGCUGAAGGAUCGAAUAGCUGAGCUUGAGAAGGAGAUAGCUGAGCUUAAGAAAAAGGUGGCUGAGCUCGCGGCGGAGAACGAAAAACUUGAGAAAGAAAUAGCCGAUCUAAAGGCAGAAAAAGAUGAAUUAGCAAGAGAGCUAGCAAAGGCAAAGGAGCAGGUGGAGAAGCUGAAAGAGGAGCUUGCUGCUGAGAGAUCUGCAAAAGAAGCGCUCAAGGACCUGCUCGCUGCAGCUAAGGCGGAAAUCGACAAGCUCAGAAGCGAGGUCGAGGGGUGCAAGGCUGAGAAUGCCAAGCUUAAAGGUGAGAUUGUGCGAUUAAAUGAGGAAGUACAAAAGUUGAAGGCAGAGAAUAGCGAGCUCAAGAAAGAGAGAGACACACUGCAGGCUGAAGUGGGAAAGCUGAAAGAAAAGAUCGACGGAAUGCAAGCUGAAAUUGAUAAGCUGAAGAACGAUCUGGCCGCAUCUAAAAGCGAGAUGGAAAAGCUCAAGAAUGAUUUGGACGCUUUGAAAUCGGAGAACGAGAAGCUCAAGAACAGUUUACGCGAAACCGAGGCGAAGAUAAAGGCAUUGGAAGCGGAGAACUCAGAUCUUGCUAAUAAGUUAGCCGAUCUGAAGAUCAAGAUAGAAAAUCUUGAAAAACAGCUUGCAGAUGAAAAAGCCGCGAAAGAAGCGGCGUUAAAGGAAUUGGCAGCGUUAAAGUCGGACCUCAAAGCGUUACUCGGAGAGAUGGACAAGCUCAAAGCCGAGCGGGACAAACUGAAAGGGGAAGUGGAUGACCUGACGAAGCGGAUGGCAGAGUUGACCAAUGAGCUAAAUCAGCUGAAAUCAAAGUGUGCUGCCCUCGCGGCAGAGAACGAGAAGUUGAAAGCAGAAGUCAACGGUCUUAAAACAGAGAAUGAGAGGCUGAAGAACGACCUGGAGAAGGUCAAGGCUGACCUUGAGGCAGCGAAAUCAGAGAACGCGAAGUUAAAAGCGGAAAAUGAGAAGCUGAAGAAAGAUUUGAUUGAUGCUGAGGCAAAGGUCAAGGCGCUCGAGGAUAAGGUCAAGGCGCUCGGAGACAAGGUGAAGACGCUCGAAGACAAGGUGAAAACACUUGAAGACAAGGUCAAGGCAUGUGAGGACGAAAAGGCGAAGCUUCGUCAGGAGAUCGAGGGGCUCAAAAGUCAGAUUGACAAACUCAACAGUGAGCUCGCAGCAGAGAAAGCGGCGAAAGAGGCGGCUCUGAAAGAACUGGCAGCGACCAAGGCCGAGCUAGCUGCGCUCAGAACGGAGCUGGACAAAGUGAGAGCCGAGAACGCGAGACUGAAUGGUGAGCUCGAAAAGUUGAAGUCGGAGAAUGAGAAGAUGAAGGGGGAGCUUGACCGACUCAAAGCGGAAAACGCGAAGCUACAAGGCGACCUAGACGCCCUAAAGGCGGAGAAUUCGAAGCUCAAAGGAGAUCUGGAUAAACUGAAUUCCGAACUGAGCGCGUUGCGAGCUGAGAACGAUAAGUUGAAGGCCGAAAAUUCGAAAUUAAAGGAUGAUUUGGCGGCCGCAAAAGAGGAAGCUGCGCGUCUCAAGAGUGAUCUGGAAAAACUAAAAUCCGAGAAUGACGCCCUGAGAGCUGAGAACGACAAGGUGAAGGGAGAACUUGAGGGGCUCAAAGCAGAGCUUAACAAACUACGCGGGGAUUUAGACGCCAUGAAGGACGAGAAUGCGAGGCUCAGGUCUGAGGUUGACAAACUAAAAAGCGAUAAUGAGAAUCUAAAGAACGAGCUUGCGAAGGCUAACGCCGAGUUGGAAAAUUCUAAGAAAGCAGUUGACAAACCAAAAGCUGCUGUGGCUGCCACUACUGGUCCUCUUCCUGAGAAAGUUCGUCCAUCUAUUCCAAUGGAAGUCCUACCCACUGCUGCUAAGCCUGCAGUGAAGAAGGAACCGCCCCGAAUGCCCUCAAAAACUCCAAAAGUUGAACGGCGAGCUUCGGUUGCAAAGAGAGACCAAGGAUCCCAAGGCGAGGGCUGCGGUGAUUACGUAAGCGCGAAUGAACAGCUCAGGAAGAACAUAAACAAUCAAGACAGAGCUGUUCAGCGGAUACGAAACUUCGUGAAGUACGUGCUGGGAGAGCGAGAAUCACCUCCGGAGAUGGCUGACUCACAAACUCACCGUAUGUCAUCAGUGAUGAGGAACAAAUUUGCAGAAGACAUAAUGGAGUUGCUUAAGGAGUCGCAGUAUCUCUCAGAGAGUAUAUUCAACGCUGAGGCGGACGUUCAGCGGCUUCUGAAGAUCCUCGAAGAGCUAGAAAAGUUGAGAAAUGAGAACGCUGCGCUCAGAGACAAACUCGAAGAGGUAGCGGAGGAGUCCGUAGGCUUCGGGGACGCUUUCGACGCCGAAUCGUGGCUGAAGACGUUGACGCUGACCGAGCUCGCCGAGCUCCACGACAGGAUCUGCCUCGUGACGUCGAGCAUGGUUAAGCAGGACAUAAACCCGGAGGACUACGUUGACGACUCUACUUCACCCGACAGAGUCUGCAAGCCCUGUUCGGGUCUGCAGGACGCGGACGAUGAGAUGAUCGGCGGGGACUACGAAGCUCUGAAUAAGAGGAUAGCAGCGCUUCAAAUGCAGAUUAACGAGAAGCAGAACGAAGCAGCAGCCAAGGUUCAAGAGAUGCGGAAGGCCAUGUGGCGAGAGCAGGACCGGCUGAUACGCCUAUCGGAGGAGAUGAAUGCCCAGAAAAGGAACAACCUGACGAUGAAGAUGAAGAUCGGUGGUGAGCUCGAUCCUUUCGGGGUUCCCGAAGGAGUCGCCGUCCUUUGCGGUGGGAGUCGGAGCUCUGGGGAGCGUGACGAUUAUCCGGGGACGAAAUGGAACCCGCGAUUCUCUGCCAUCGGAGAGAAAGAUGACGGAAAGUGGAAAUCUGGCUGCGUUAGGUCGAAGAGAAAAAGCUCUCCUCAAGCUCCGGCACCUUGCGCUCUUCCUGUUAAACACGCAGACGUCCCGUGCGGUCAGAAACUCUGCUGUCCGUCUACCCUAAAUCCGAAAACUCUUUUCCCGAAGAAGAGGAAGCAGGAUGAUGACGAUAAUAUGCAGGAGGUCGCGGUUCUUUGUGGGGAAAAUCGACGGGCCACGAAUACUUAG